UCGACAUUCGACGACACUUGGUCGACGACCAGGCCGAUUGGACAAGGCCCUCCUCCGGGUUUCUCUGGCCCUUCACAAACGCCGGUUACUCCUACCCCGAUCCCGCAUGGUGUGGGAACGGCUGUCACAAACCUCAGAGGAGAUUUUGGUUCCAGUCACGCCCAGGAAGCACGAGCAGCGGCGGCGAUGGCGAUGCCGCCCCCACCACCUCACAACCCGGUGGUGGUCCAACCCGGAGACGCGGCGAUACAAGGUGGAGCUCCACCUCCAGUAGCUGGACAGGCCCCCGGUCAACAAGUGGUGACGAUGACCCGAGAGGAGAUGCAGAGGAUAGCAGCGGCCGCGGCGGCGCAGGCGGUGCAACAAGUCGCGAGUCACAUAUCCCAUGCCACCACUGCGCCGGCCACGACAACGGGAAACCAAGAUGAGGAUGUGUCCAGUUAUGGAGAAGGAGGAGUUGUCAGGGAUCGUGCGAUGGAGCGAAUGGCAGAACAGUUGCGCCAAUUGCAGGACAAGGUUGAAGGGAGGCCAGAGAGGAAGGCUCGAGGGCAUCCCUUUGCUAGGGAGAUCCUCGCCGCUCCCUUGCCGACCAAUUUCAAGGAGACCAACUUGAUGUAUGACGGGUCGUCUGACCCAUCGAGGCACGUGAGGACUUUUGAGAAUAUGGAUGUGUUACAUGGAUACUCUAAUUCUGUUUGUUGCAGGGCAUUCUUAUCGACCUUACGCGGAGGAGCGCUUGACUGGUUCCACCAGUUACCUUCGGGGUCGAUUGCGGAUUUUGAGGAUUUCACCAGCAAACUCACUAACCAAUAUUCGAGCGCGGUGGCGCAAGAGAAGACUUAUUUGACCUUGAUGGCGAUGAAACAGGGUGAGAAGGAAUCGCUGAGGAAGUAUGUUGCUCGAUACAAUCAAACAUGUUUGGAGGUGCACUCCGCUUCGGAUGAGGUGAAAGCGGGAGGAUUGAUAAGGAUUCUUCGGGCAGGGCCUUGCCGAACUUCUUUGGCAAAGACCCCGGCUCGACCAUACGAGGAU